CACCCAUCUGUGUCCGCAUCGACGUCAGCAAGCUCGUACGAUAGGAAGGGAAUGAACGUCGAAAGCAUUCACAUGAAUGGCCCCUGUUGGUGCUUGGGUGUUGUCUUCGUGAUUCUAUUAGUGAGCUGGGCCAGCACUCUCAGGGUCAGGAGAGACACCAGGGACAGACACUCGGCCCUCGGAGGAGGAUAGAAGUGAAAUCGGUGGAAGAGGAGUCGCGGUCUGGGCUGGUGGCGUGAG